CUGCGGCUGCCCGCUCUAUUUGUGCUACGACAUGAUCUCGUGUGUAGAGUCUGCUGUAUACCUGUCUCUUUGCCCUACUUUUAUGUAUAUAGCUUUCCUGUCUUGGUCCACUUUCACCGCGCUUCUUGACUCAUUCAAGGCGUACCUAGGUGUGUUACACGGCAAUAUCACUGACAUAUUCCUGGUAGUGCGAUCGAGGUCGACCACAUUGUCUUGCAUGUAAGUCGAAUCUGAGUUCUCUGCUUCGACCUACCAGCUCUGUUAACGUUGAAAUUGACAGGUAUCAAGCGGCAAACUGAAUGCAUAUAUGCACACGUUGCCAAUGUAAUCGAGUGAGUUGCAAGAACCCAACGUCUAGUUCCAGUCACAUCCAUGGACAGCUGCAAGUGUAUCCUAACGUACCAUCUCACACAGGGAGACGUCGAGAUCGGCUGCCAAUGGCCGCCGCAUGACCAAGCCUCCAAAGAAGAAGCCUGGGUCUUUUGGAAAGCUCCCUGUCCCCAACAUCGCGGACAGGAAUGCCAACAGUAGUGACGACACUCCGUCCAGAGGCGCUAUAGCUCUCUCCAUUGGCUUGCUAUCAAAUGUCCCAUAUUCCGUGGCCACUGCAAGCAACGUGUUUGGGAUAGGCUCGGAGCAUCCCUUUGCAAAUUAUUGGACUUGCGAAGGAGGUCUUCCCGAAGUCAUAUCUGUGCUUCCCGAGAAGCUCCAGGCUGACAUCCUGCUUUCUCGGUAUUUCGAAUGCGUCGACCCGGUGUACCCCAUGAUUCAUCGCCAGACAUUCUAUGCCGACUAUGAGCACUUCUGGCAGAUGAGCAUCCCAGAGAAGAAUCAGGUUGAUGCUGCCUUUAUUGCUCAAAUCUUUGUCAUGCUGGCUUUGGGCACUCAGUUUGUCACGUCAACGACGGCGCAGGAGAGGAAGCAGACGGCUGAGUUUUAUGCUUCAGCUAGCAACCAAGCUCUCCGGAUGUUCUCGUAUCUUAGCACAGCAUCAAUUCGGUCUAUUCAGGCCAUGGUUCUGAUGACUUAUUUUCUCAUCAACGACAAUCACGCUUCGGACGGCUGGGCAUUUGCUGGAAUCUUGAUACGGCAAGCCUAUGCCAUGGGCUUGCAUCGUGACCCCAACAUAGUUACACCAGAUGCUAGUCCAUUUGAGAAGCAGCAGAGACGCAAAGUCUGGCAAGCGGUCUUGCUGCAGGACACGUUCCUCACGGUACUUUUGUCCCUGCCGCCAUCUGCAACGCACACCGACGUGUCAGUCGAUGACUUGCUCGAUCAUGGGUCCUCCAUUGCCAGCAGCGAUCCAACAGACAACGCCUACAUCCGGGGCUCUUGGACACUCGCGAAUCUUGUGCAGGAAACGAUAUGCUCUCCUCGGUCCCUCGACGUGCCCAUUUGUGCAACGGCGCGGCACAAGUCAAAGCUGAUUGCCGAUUUCCGAGCGGUGUAUCGGUCCUUUCCGGACGUUUUCCGCUCGUGGGACACUGAGAGCCUGACGGCGUUGGCCGGAACAAACAAGAGAGUCGUGCGUCAAACGCUGUUCCUCACGAGCAACUACUUUCACAAUCUCAUGUUGGUUCACGCGUCGGAAAGCCCGGACGUUCCGGUCAAUGUGCGGGGCACGCUGGAAGCUGCUCACGAUGCCAUCGGGGCCUUCUUCUUGCUGUUCAACUUGCUGGAAAGCGAGGCUCGCGUCUGGUGGGUCUUUAACCACAGGGCUUUUCUUGAGGCUCUGUGUAUCGGCAACGUCUUGAGAGAAACGGCCAAGGAGUCCCUGGGCAAGGAGCUGCUGGCGAAAGACCCAUUGUUUGUUCGAGCCAAGGCAGACAUCACCCGAAUGAUUCAGAUCAUGCAGCAGAUGGCCGAGGACUCCGAGGUUGCCCGAACCAGGGUCCAGGUGUUGAGCGAGUUUCUACUCUAAUGCGUCCGGGGCGGGCCUAGUUUUACGGCAACUUUAUUGAGACGUCUUUUCUUUCUCCUUCUUUCUUUCUGUAGAGCACGGUGUUGGAGGACACACUCAUGUCCAUUUUGGGUAAUUCGUUUGGCUUUUGGAGGAACGGAACUUGGCAUGUCUCGGGCUUUUGACUAUGACUACGGAGUACGUGGAUUUGCAUUUGCGACGGAGUGGAGUUAUGAGAUACAAAAGAACUUGUUGAUACUGAAUGGUACGCAAAGGGCUAUAUUUGAAUCGGGCAGAAUUACUGAAUGUCAGUCGCGAAGGGAGGGGGGGUUCUGGUACUGAUGGCAUAAUGGCAGCUGGGAGGAUCUGGAGUACAUGUACAAGGCACAGUUUAUAUCAUGUUCCAGGCCCCAUUCCAGCCGCUUUUGAGGUCGGCGACUGUUGGCAUCCAAGACUCCGAGCCACAUGGCCAGCCUGCUGAGCCGAGCCUUACUGGCUAGGAUCGGAAGGACAAGGUACU